CUCGCCUGUUGGGCUGCCAUCGCGUCCAAGACGGCCCAAGGGGUUCCCAAGACGGCCUAGGAGGCCCCUCCGUAGCCAUUUUGGCUCAAGCCGUUGAGGGGCUAAAGACCUUCUGGCUCAAGAGCUUGUGGACUUCAAGUGCCGCCCAGCAGGCAGCCUCUAAAAGAAAUCGUGCCAGGGCGCUCCAUCGCCAUGGGACUUCAUACCGGCGCUCAUUUUGGGUUGUGGGUAGCAGUGAUGGUUGCGUUGCCGCCCGCCUUUGCGAUGAGGGACACGCUCGAUGCCGACAGCAUUCUCUCUGGAUUGCAGGAGAGAGCAAAGGCAGUGGCGACACCAGAGACUGCCUUUGAGAAAUUGCCGUCAGACUCCAGGGAGGCAGCGAAACACAGCGAGGCCGACCAGCAGGACAAUGCCGUGGCGUCCGCUUCUGGAAAGCACUCCAGCGCUGCCAUCGUCGCGAAGCAGGGCGAGCUGGAGCAGGUGUGCGGUGAUAUCAAGCAGUGCUUCUGCAUGAAGAACACUCUUUACCAUAUGAACAAUGUCUGCGGUUGGUGCGAGUCGACGCAGACUGCUAUGACAGGGACUUCCUCGGGACCAGAGGACCACGAGGUACCUUGCAAUCAGUGGAUCUGGUCUCACCGAGAUUGUCCUUAUCUCCGGUGCGAUGAGGACUGGUCGUGGAAAGCCAUGUUCGGGCUUCUCGGCCCCCCCAUGUUCUACACGCUGGCUUGGGGAUGUGCUAUUAUUUAUUUCACUCCGACGCGUGAGGUUCAGAAGCCAGCAACGAUGCAGUACAAGAGGACUUUGGAGAACUUCGCAAAGGGCCUCAUGGGGGAGCGAGCGAGAAAGCAUAAGGAGCCGUUUCAGCAGUACUUUCCAUACAAGCCUCGCCUGUCAUUUCUCAUUGGCAGGUUGUUCGGGACUGCUGCCUUGCAGCAGGCGCUCGGGCAAAGCCUCAAGUUCGGCUGCUUUAUGUCGGUGUUCUACACCGUCCUGCGCCUGCUCCCAAUGGUGUGCGACCGACUGACCUUCGAGCUCGUGAGCUCCACGCUGAAUGAGAUCAAGACACUCUCGGGUCAUCUCGAGGUUGCAGUGGGCUUCCUGUUCUCGUUCUACGCUCUUGGCCGUGUCAGCUGGUGGUGGGAAGUGAUCUCCCAUUGUCGGAGCAUGCAGGGCCGAACUCACGACCUGGCCAUGAUGAUCGGCGGCUACAGCACCGUCAAGGAGUGCCCUUCCGAGGGAGGCGACACCGAUACGAAGGCUACCUGGCUGGACGCAAAGUGGAACUUCUUCAGGCACUUGAUGUUGGCCUGGUUAUUGUGUUUCAGGGGGCUGAGCCCUGACUUCGGAACAGUAACGCUUGAGGAUAUCCAAGCGGCCGGGCUGAUGAAUGAGAACGAGAGCGAGAUCAUUCAAAAAAGCGAGCAUAUGCGCAAGGUUCCAUUGAAGUGGCUUGCAGCGUGGGUCGAGCAUUACAUAGAAGACAUGACUGUGCGCGCCCUUGUCAUGGACAAGCUCUGUGGGCUGCGCGGUGCGAUGGCUUCUCUUCACGAUGCUGUGGAGCUCAGAGCACCGAUGUCCUUCGAGGGACUGAUGUACACAUUGGUGAUGGCGUGGGUCACCACCAUUCCCUUCGGCCGGCUCAAGGAGCUCGAUGACAGAAGAGUGGUGCUCGAGGAGAACGUGCUCAUUCCAGUGUUCGGUGCUGUGUGCACUUACGGUUUCUACAUAUCCAUGGUUGCGCUCCUGGAAACCUUCAAGCAGCCCUUCGGAACAAGCAGGGACUCAUUGAACGCGGACACGCUCAUCUUAGAGACGGAGACGUCUGUCUGGGACUACAUGACGGCCCCUUCGCCAGAUUGCUUCCAUGGCAUCCUCAUCGCCGAGAGGCACACGCUGUCCGACGAGAGCACGCCGGCCGAGGCGCAGCCGGGCCGUGCCGCCCAGAGCGGCCCGUCUGCCGAGGAGGUGGCUCUCGAUCCGCAGAGUGGCAGCCACGCGCAGUCCAAUGACUAGAUGGAUUUGCAGGUGCAGUGUGCGCGCGCGCAGCCAGUGCGGGCAGCACACCCAGGCUCUUCAGCGGGAGGGAGUGGGGAGAGCCAGGACGGCCGCGGUGUCGGAGGCCCACCGCUGGGCCCGAGGCCCAUCGCGCGCCGGGCGGCAGCGUAACGAGCAAGAGGAGGCGGAGGAGGCGGCGGCGGUGGAGGAAAUGGGAGGCUCGCAUGAGUUAUCACCGAACUUUUUGCGCAGCGGCCGUGAUUGCGCGUCCCGCACACGCUGCCGGCGCCGCGUUGGCCCUGAAUAUCCCCACGGUUGACGCUUGCCCUUCUGGGAGGAGUCCGCCUCCUCUUCCUGUCUCCUUUGGGGGCCACAGGGUUCGGCAGCGCGAGCUGCCUAGAGCCUGAGUGUGUCUGCUUUCCGUGCGCCUGCUUCCCAUCAGUCGACGCUAUGAGCUCCCAGAGA